AUGUCGGCGGCGAUGGAUAAGGCCUUGAUGGCCAUGUCUUUAGAAGAAGAUGAUGAUGAUGUCCCGUUUGUCAUGCCGGAUCUACCGGAAUAUAGUUCGAGUGAAAGAAACAAAAGGAGCCUAAUUGGAAGACUGCUCAACCCUGCUUGCCAGCAAAUGUCUAAGUUCAUCUACGAGAUGCCGAGGAAAUGGCAGAAACAAGGUCGAGUCAGAGGUCUUGCUCUUUCCCAAGAACGAUUUCAAUUUAUCUUCGAUAAUGAACAUGAUCUGGUGGAGGUGCUAGAAAAAGGAGUACACACGUAUAAUGAUUGGGCAAUUGUCGUUGAGAGAUGGGAGGAAGUUCCGCCUCCUGAUUCUCUUCAGUAUAUUCCCCUUUGGGUACAGAUUAGGAAUAUUCCUAUCAACUAUCAAAUCGAGCUGGCAAUUGAGGCGAUUGGAGAUAUUGUGGGUAAAGUCAUUGUCGUAGUCUUUGAUCCCUUGAAGACUCGAAGUAAUAUAUAUGAAAGAGUGAAGGUGCGGUUUGAUGUGUCGAGACCACUGAGGAAAGAAAAAGUCAUCGUUCUCCCGAAAGGUGGAAAAACAAAAGUAUUCUUCAACUACGAAAGAAUUCAGAAACGAUGUAUUACCUGCCAAAGGUUAACUCAUGAUGAUUAUGUCUGUCCUAUCAAUAUCCAGAGAAGACAACUAGAAGCAGACACGAGAAGAGCAGGGGGCAGUGUGGUGAAGAAAAAAGUCAAUCCGGUACUACUGGAAAGUGAUCCUCUCUUUAAUGUUCUAGAAGAGAACCAGGUUGGAAUCAAUCCUAAUACUGGAAGACCGAGGAUUGCACCGGAAGUUUUGGAUGGUAUGAGAAAAUAUCUUCAGAUGGCACAAGGAGAAGAAAGGCUUAUCAGAGAAGAAAGAGUGAAGAACUCGGUUAAAGAAGCUGAGAAAGAUCCGGUGCUUAAAAAAUCUGCUUUGAGUCUGGAACCAGUGCCAAUGGUGACAAGAGAUUUGCAGAGAGAUAAAGGGAUAGUUUUUGAUUAUUCAGCUGAAGAAACUGAGCAUCGUAUAACAGGGCAAAGGCAACAAGGUGAAAAACUAAUGGCUGCAGCUAUCAGAGCAAACCCCGUUAUUGGAUGGAGAUCUGAUCAUCAGACCCGAGGAGAGGCUCUCUCUAAUAACUCUCAGUCGUCUGUAUCUUCAUCUUCUGCGAGUGGUUCUACGGGCUCUAGGUUGAAGUCUUUUGAUCUCAAUAUGUCCGGGACCUCGUCAAAGAAAAUUAACAUAAGGAAACGACCGGGGAAAACAAGAGGAAGCAGAAGAAAUGUGCUUGUAGAUAUUCAAGUGUGGUUAGGAUACAGCCGUGUAUAUACCAUAAAUCCGGUAGGAAGAAGCGGUGGUCUGGCUGUUUUUUGGAAAAGUGUGGUUGAUGUUGAAGUGAUCUCUGCUGAUAAGAACCCGGUAGAUAUCGGUAUUCAGCUGGGGGAAAAACAAUUUUUUGUCUCUUGUAUAUAUGGGGAGCCGAAUGAGAGUAAAAGACAGUGGUUUUGGGAGAAGAUAUCCAGAAUUGGUCUUCACAGAAGGGGUCCGUGGUGCAUGCUAGGGGAUUUCAAUGCUAUCAGUGGAAACCAUGAGAAGAUUGGAGGACCUGUUCGGUGUGACACAGUUUUUGAGCAUUUUAAUGACAUGCUAAAGACGUGUAAAAUGAAGGAACCUGUGAGUAAAGGAGAUCCUUUUACAUGGGGAGGCCGUAGAGGAAAUCACUGGGUUAGAUGCAAGUUGGACAGAUACUUUGGCAACAAUGAAUGGUUUCAUCUGUUUCCGGGUGUCAAUCAAGAGUUUCUAGCAAAACGGGGAUCAGAUCAUAGACCUAUAUUGGUCACACUUGAGAAGAAACAUGUUGGAAGUUUAUCAGCUCGGAUUAAAAGAUGUAGAAAUGAAAUUUGCAUAUGGAAGAAAAGUCUUGAUUUGAAUGCUAAAGGAAAAAUCUUAAGACUUCAAGAAGAUUUGGAGGCUGAAGAAUCUUGUGUCUAUCCGUCUCGUGCCAGAAUAUCAAACAUCAAAUUAGAGUUGGUGAAAGCUAAUAAAGAAGAGGAAGCCUUUUGGAAGCAACGAAGUAAAGAUAAAUGGCUAAGAUGUGGAGACAGAAAUACUAAAGCCUUCCAUGCAUCGGUUCAGAUGGCAAGAAGUCGAAAUGGUGUGGACAUUCUGGAAGAUAAGAAUGGUAUCCUAUUCAGGGAUGAGACUUCAAAAGGCGAAAUUGCUUCAUCAUACUUUUCAGAACUGUUCUCAUCGACUCAUCUGGGUGACUUUUCAGAUUUUUUUGAUGGGUUUUUACCGAGGGUCACUGAACAGAUGAAUAGGGAUCUACUAUCUGAGGUGUCUGAAGAUGAAAUCAGAGAAGCCGUCUACUCUAUUAAAUCAUCAAGUGCUCCAGGACCUGAUGGAAUGAGCGCUUUAUUUUUCCAACGAUUUUGGAAGGAGAUAGGAGAACAAGUGAUCAAAGAGGUGCAAGAGUUCUUCACUCACGGAAGCUUCGAUAAGGAAUGGAACUUUACUCAUCUGUGCAUGCUACCCAAAAUAGUCAAGCCUUCAAAGAUGACCGAGUUGAGACCUAUAAGCUUAUGUUCCGUGUUUUACAAGAUUCUGGCAAAGAUCAUGGUCAAACGGAUGAAACCGAUGCUCCCAUUGAUAGUUUCUCCGCAUCAAUCUGCUUUUGUAUCUGAAAGGAACAUCUCCGACAAUAUACUAGUGGCACAUGAAGUUGUUCAUGGCUUGAGAACUUUCAAACCGGUGGCAUCGCAGUACAUGGCCAUAAAAUCCGAUAUGUCAAAAGCAUAUGAUAGAGUGGAGUGGAAGUAUCUUAGAGCUCUGCUUUUGGCUUUGGGAUUUCAUCAAAAAUGGGUUGAAUUGAUUCUGGUUUGUGUUUCAUCCGUCUCUUACUCGGUUUUAAUCAAUGAUCAUCCUCAUGGUCUGAUUAUUCCUCAAAGAGGGUUGCGUCAGGGCGAUCCAUUAUCUCCAGCCUUGUUUGUCUUAUGUGCGGAAGGUUUAACUCAUCUUUUGAGGAAAGCUGAAGGAGCAGGACAUCUAAGUGGGAUCAAAUUUUCUGAUCAGGGACUGUCAGUUAGUCAUCUGCUUUUUGCUGAUGACAGUUUAUUUAUGUGUAAGGCGGAGAGUGGCCAGGCAACAGCGCUUCAGGAGGUGUUGAAUAGAUAUGGAGCAGCUACAGGGCAAGUUAUCAACCUGCAGAAAUCGUCUAUCACUUUUGGGUCUGAGAUUAAAGAAGAAGUAAAAGAGAGCAUUCGACAAACUAUGGGUAUCUUCAAUGAAGGAGGAGCAGGAACUUAUCUCGGUUUGCCUGAAUGCUUCAGUGGAUCCAAGGUAGAACUCUUUAACUUUAUCAAAGAAAAGCUCAAGAAGAGAUUGUCUGGUUGGUUUGCAAGAGCAUUAUCUUUAGGAGGAAAAGAGAUACUACUCAAGGCUGUGGCGUUGGCAUUUCCAGUGUAUGCGAUGAGUUGUUUUAAGCUUCCAAAAACAACUAUAGCAAAUUUGACAAGCGCUAUGUCACAUUUUUGGUGGGACUCGGUGGAGCAUAAACACAAAAUCCACUGGAUAAAGUGGGAAACUCUUUGUUUACCAAAAAAGCUUGGUGGAUUAGGAUUUAAAGAUUUGGAAAGCUUUAACCAAGCAAUGUUGGCAAAACAGGCUUGGAAAAUCCUGCAGAAUCCAAAUUCUCUAAUUACUCGUGUGCUGCAAAGCAGAUACUUUGAGAACCGUGAUUUCCUUGAAGCGGAAAUGGGUACACGACCUUCUUAUGGUCGGCGAAGUCUCAUGCAUGGAAGAACCCUGCUCAGAAAGGGAUUGAGAAAAGAAAUUGGUAAUGGGAUGUCUCUUAGAGUAUGGAUAGAUCCAUGGUGUGAUUUUGGAGGGCGAUGGAAUCCUUGGAUGAAGAAUCCUCUGGUUGAUCUUGAACUAAAGGUUGGUGACCUUUUAAAUCAAGACACAUGUGAAUGGAACAGGGACGUCUUAGAGGAUCACUUCUUUCCUGGAGAUGUAGAAGAAAUAGUCAAGCUCAAAGUUGCAGUUGGUUGUGAGGAUUUUUGGAUCUGGAAGCAUAACAAAAGUGGAGACUAUUCGGUGAAAUCAGGAAAUUGGUUAGCUACUAGAUCUGUCUUGAGUCAUGCAUUUCAGGAAGCCGGAAUGCAACCAUCCAUAAACUGCUUGAAAGAUGAAAUCUGGCAUUCCCUUACUGCGCCCAAAAUUCAAGCAUUCAUGUGGAGAACUUUAUCCAAUGCCAUACCGGUGGCGAGUAAUUUGGUAACGAGAGGUAUGAAAGUUGAUAUGAUAUGCCAACACUGUGGAACGCAGGAAGAAACUCCAAAUCAUGUUCUGUUCACGUGUGAAGUGGCUCGACAAGUAUGGGCUUUGUCCAACUUUCCAUCGCCUCAAAAUGGAUUUCACAAGGAGUCUCUUUUUGUGAACUUUAGUUACCUCAUCAAAAUGAGCAAAAACAUCAUGGUGCCUUUGGAGAUCAGGAGAUGUUAUCCAUGGGUUUUAUGGCUCAUUUGGAAGAAUCGAAACAGAUUUAUCUUUGAAUCCAAGGAGCAGAGGCCAGAAGAGAUCAUACUCAAUAUUUAUGAUGAAGCGGCUUCAUGGUUUCUAACUCAACAGUUGGAUAGAGAGGGAGAACAAAGACAAGAGGAGGUGGUUAAAUCUGCUAAGAGAACAUGGACUAAACCUCCUUUUAAUUGGGUAAAAUGUAAUUAUGGUGUGAAGUGGUUGAAGAACGUUCAGGUCGCUGGAGUGGCUUGGAUAAUAGUAAUGGUGAACCCCUGUUACACAGUAGAAGAUCGUUUGUUGGUGUGGCUACUUUAG